AUGAUUUAAAAAAUUGAUCAAUUCUUGAUUGAAUUAUAAGAAGAGACAAGCAACGCUCUUAUUCUAUUUCGGAAAGGUGCUCAUUCAAAUUCUCAUUUUGAAUAAGCGGAAUGCUACACUAAGACCAUCAUUCUACUAAAUUCAUUGGGAAAGGUGAGCAAGAACAUAGAAAAAUUUAUUGAAAAAUGUUAGCAAUGUUUGGAUUUAUGCUAAUUGAAUCCUUAUCGAUUGAACGAUUGCAAGCCGGCACUCAACGAGUCUCUUGAACAAAUUCAUCACAUUGAUAAGUUAGAAGAGAAGGUGAGUUUUCUAAUUAAAAGAUGGAAUGUUUUGCUUGUAAAAGGGGGACUCAUUACCUAAUAUGUAAUGUUUAAGCCCAAAAUAUUUAAUUCAGAACCUGAGCAUAAAUAUAAGGCAGCUCUAUUCAAAAAUGCUGUUGCUGCAAUCGAUAAAGUGUGUCAUAUUUAUAUCUAUAGAUGACUGUGUUAUAUAGAUUUACACCUGAGGCAGAAAUAGCAUCGUUAUCUUUGGAGCUAAAGGAAUAGUUCAUGGUGGUAUACAAGGAUUACUUAAAGCAAAAAAGCAAGGCGAAUGAUGAUUUAUUGUACUGGCUCUAGAUGUUUUUUAAGAGUGCGUCUUCUUUAAAUGAAUUAAUAAUAGAAAGAAGCUCGAGGAU